UGCACGCUUACAUUGUUGUCACCGCCAAGUUGUUUACAAUUUCGAUGGCUUGAUAUUUGAUAAUUAAAAGAAUAUAGUAUUGGAGCCUCAAAAAUGAGUGAAAAACUGAAAGAGUUGCGAGAACGAUCUCAAAAGAGAAAGAAAUUGUUGGCGCAAACUCUUGGCGUAUCAAGUGUAAGUGAGCUCCGACAUGCCUUGGGAGCCACAUUAGACGUGCCGCCGAAGAAACAGGCGGUUCCUGGGGUAGGAAGCGAAGGAAGUGAUAAGCCGACAACUAAAGAUCAACCUGACGAAUUAGUUUACACAGAUUCCUCGACUUUCUUAAAGGGCACACAAUCAUCAAACCCACACAAUGAUUACUGCCAGCACUUCGUGGACACGGGCCAGAGACCGCAGAACUUCAUCCGUGAUGUUGGCCUGGCUGACAGGUUUGAGGAGUACCCCAAGUUGAGGGAGCUCAUCAAGCUGAAGGAUGAUCUGAUCGCACAGACAGCUACACCACCUAUGUAUUUGAAAUGUGAUUUGAAGACAUUUGACCUGAAGCAGAUGAGCAACAAGUUCGACGUGAUCCUGGUGGAGCCGCCGCUGGGCUCCGGCUGGCGCUGGCAGGACGUGCUCGCGUUAGAUCUGCAGCAGAUUGCACAGGCUCGCUCUUUCAUAUUCCUGUGGUGUGGUAGUUCUGAAGGCUUAGACAUGGGCAGAGAAUGCCUCAAGAAAUGGGGCUUCCGUCGCUGCGAAGACAUUUGCUGGAUAAAGACCAACAUUAAGAACCCUGGCCACUCCAAAAACUUGGAACAUAAUGCUGUAUUCCAGCGUACUAAAGAGCACUGUCUCAUGGGCAUCAAAGGAACUGUCCGGAGGUCGGUGGAUGGAGACUUCAUACAUGCAAAUGUGGAUAUAGACUUGAUCAUAUCUGAAGACCCUGAGUUUGGCAGCAGUGAGAAGCCUAUUGAGAUAUUUCAUAUUAUGGAGCAUUUCUGUUUGGGGAGAAGAAGAAUCCAUCUGUUCGGUCGUGACUCCACCAUCAGACCAGGCUGGGUGACCAUCGGCCACGAACUAACCAACUCGAACUUCAACGCCGAGUUAUACGCGUCUUACUUCACGGAGGGCCGCGAGAGUACUGGCUGCACCGAGAGGAUCGAGGCGCUGCGGCCCAAGAGUCCUCCUAACACCAGCAAGGGAGCACGACCGAGGGGGAGGGGAGGGUUUAGAGGGAGAGGGAGGGGCAGAGGUGCGCUCUGAGUCCCUUCUAAAGGACGAAAAUGUAGUGUUAGUGAGUUCUUGGCGGGUUAGUGACUAUCGAGGAAGGUAGAAGUGAUGAAUGUCAUUAUCGUCUCGAACAAGCAGUCAUCAUAAGGAUAGUCUUGGUUUCGAGAUUGGGUAGGGUAUGUUGAUAUUUGUAUUUGUUGGUCCUGUUGAAAAGGUUAGGAUCAUCAAGAUCUGAGCGACAAUUUAAAACUAAGUUUAGACUGGGACAAGACAUUGUGAUGCCUAUAAGUAUCUCUCUAUAUUGUUCAGAUUGGUGUACGGUAUAUGGUGUUGCAAUCUGAACUUAGCUUUAAACAUAGACACAAUCUUUUGACAAAGGUUUCUUACUUUAUCAACUAAAAUGUCCUGGUAUGUAGAAUGGACUGCAUACUUAUUCAGUGAAAUGCAGUUAUAUAAUUAUUUUUGUAAGUGAUAGAAUGU